AUGUUGUCGGAUUUUCAAAAUCAACAAAAAGCACAAAGGGAUGCUGAACGUAAAAAGAAAAGUCAAGCUCUGUCAGCUCAACGCAUGACUUCCUUUCGCGGGCUGGAUAGGCAACAAUCGGUCCUUUUGGACAUGCGAAAGGCCAAGGUGGAAGAUAGAGCGAAAAUGAGAGAGAAUGCCGCAAGCAUGGCGAGCUUUCGUGGAAUAUCCUCCAGAGAUUUGAAUGUCUACAAUUUGAGUCCUCCGAGGACAACCAGAAAGAAGACGUUGGAGCUAGUGACAGAAAUUCCCACCCUCGGGCUAGAUACGUUGAAGGCGGACGAAAAGACCCAAAAACGUAUAAGUGGAGUCGGAGCCUUUGGAGGGGAUGGAGGCGGAGGGUUACCACAACGAGGGCUUCGUCGACAAAGGAGUAGUUUCGGAGACUUUGAAGAGAUAAAGGAAGAAAACAAAAAGAAAAAGGGCCAGAAAGUUAAGAAUGGGAAGAAGAAAAAGAAAAAGAGUAAAUCGAAGGACGUCAGCCCAGUUCGGUCAUCGAAAUCUGAGAAAAAGAAGGGUGAAACAAAAGACAGUGUAAAGAAGGCCCGAAAGACUGUGGAAUUAGAGUUUUCUUUCGGGAUGCUUACGGAUUUGGAUGUGAUCCCGGAUAUGUCAAUGAUUGAAACCGCUUCCAUUUUUGUCGUUCGAGACAUAUUGCAAGCAUCCGUGAAGGAGUGCAACAUUCGCUGUGAUCCUGACAUGCCUCAAGUGGAGAAUGACGUAGAGGAAGAUGUCUGGUUCGACAGCCAUGAUUCCAUCCGAUGGAAAAUCAAAGGGACAGUUUCUGUCAAGAUCUACUUCGACGAUUCAUUGGAUCCGAUGGAAGCAGCAGAACCGGUGCAAAAGAUGUUGAAACGGUAUUCAUCAUAUCGUGAAAUUUCCGAAGCCGGAGGGAAGGUCAAGUCAUGGACUCGGGUUCGGGAAGGAAGAAUGGCUUUUGGAAUCAGUUUCUAG